AUGCUACCUGCCAGCUGGCUGCUUCUUGAGUAUUUAUUACGGCAAAGACAAAAUAUUAUAAGAUUUGAGGAGGUGAUGAAAUUGAAUAAAGAUUACGGGUCUCCGAUUGGUUCAAAACAUGAAAUGAAAUCAUUUCUAAAAUUCCAUCAUGCCAGAGGAACAUUCAUUUACUUUGAUGAAGGCGAAUUGGCUGAAUUUGUUGUCCUGAAGCCUUCGUUCAUAGUUGAUGCUUUCAAAUGCAUCCUCACAUCUGGUAAGUUUUGCAGAAAGGACACAGCUCUGCGACCUUUGUGGCAAAAGCUUACAACAAGGGCUAUUUUAGACCCGGGUCUUUUGCAGUCUGUCUGGAGUAAUGAUGGCAAUAAGGAUUUCAUUCAGUUUAAAGAUGUUCUUCUGGCUAUUUUGAAAAGACAUAAGAUCAUUUCUGAGGCACUAAAGUUUGAUGAUAACACUGCGGAGUUGUCAUCACUUGGCUACUACAUAGUUCCUAGUUUCCUGAGAAAGGCGAAACAAGAUGAAAUAGAGAUUUUCGUUGGGAAAAGACGUUCCACCACAGUUUCACUAGUUUUUAUAUUUGACAAUGAAGCAGUUGUUACAACAGUAUUUCAAAGAAUUACAGGUGCAGCGGUUGGAAGUUGGUCAGUCCUUGAACUGAAUGGAAGUAGUUUGCUGUUUGAGAAUGCAGGUGUGUACAGGAUUAAUCAGAGGCAUGCAGGUGUGAUUACUUAUGCUGAAAAUAAGCUAGAAUUGUUGGUAGCUCCUAUGUGCAUCGAAGAAAACAUACAAGCUGAAGUGGCCGAUUUUUUUCGAAGAUUUGUUGAAAAUGUGAUACUAAAUGAAUUUCUGAAGCUUCGGAGUUCUGAAGAAAUAGAUGAAAUACCAUUUAAAGUGGCAGUUAGAUGCCAACACCAACUACAUAAUUGCAAAGGAAGUAAAGCAUUAUAUGACUUAGGAAAUUUGAAGAAGCAGUCAGAGAAAAAAGUAUGUUGUCCAGACAAUGUCGGUCAUGAAAGUAUUGACAUUGACCACAUCUUACAUGAAUGGUAUGGGCAAAAUAUAGUUGUUGCAGACGUACCAAAACGUACGCUCACAAGAAAAGAACAUGCAGUACUGUCCACUGCUAUUGGAUCUGAAUGGAGGAUUCUUGGAUCACUGCUAGGAGUCAAUGAAAUAACUCUACAACAGAUAGAGCUUGACUAUCAUAGAACGUCUAUGAGGAUUUAUGAGAUGCUCGGAUCAUGGGAAAAAGAGAAGGAGGAGAAGGCUUCUUUGGAUGUUUUUGUAAAAGAAAUUAACAAACUUCCACCUAACACAGUCAGAAUGGAUGUGAUAAGAAAUCUGAUAAAUGAUAUUUACAAAUAA